AUGUCCGUAGAAAGCAACAUGACAAAGCUGUUCUUCAAGAACCUGGCGCCAGCUUACAAAUGCCCAACCCGGUUCAAAGUUCGAGCCGUCUUGGAUUCUACAGCCGCGGAGCUGGAGGACUAUCAGAACAAGCUUCUUCAGAAGGGUCCAUUUUGCCUUUGCACCGACGGUGCGACGAUUUCUGGCCUCGGCUUUUUGAACGUCGGCAUCAUGGAUUCCAGCGGUGUGUGUUUCCAUUUGGACCAUAUUUCGAUGAGUGAACGUGAGAGUACGGCGGUUGGUCUCGCUGAAGUGCUGCGGCCAUGGACACGGCACAAAAGUGUGUUCGGAAUAUGCGCGGACAAUGCGGCCAACAUUCAGGCCGCAAUUGCCAUGCUGGCUGCCGAGCGUCAAGACUUCGCGGUCCCUCUACGCUGCAUGGAACACGGCAUGCAGCUAUUACUCAAAGAUGUUCGAGCUGCGAUACCAUGGUUGGAGAAAGCGACGAAGGAGGUCAACGCUGCAAUCCGUACGGUGCGCCGCUCCAAAAAGUUCUUCGGGAAACUGAAGGCCUCUGGGUUGGUCCUCCAACACAGGCGAAAAACUCGUCACAAUUCGUGGUCCACGAUGGCCGUGAAAUGGGUGCAACACCGGGCAAAGGUUGCCGAGCUACUUCGACAGGAAGGCCCUGAGAAGCUUGGACAUUCGACCAAGCAACGCAAAAAGUUGCAGACGGCUCUGCUGGCGCUUGAGCGCCGCGCCCUUGAGGCGCGUGUCAGACGUGCUCUCCCUGUGAUGUGGGCAGUGACUUCCGCCAGCAAGGUCUUCGCUUGCGCUAGGCUGCCAGAAGCACUUGGCGUAUGGUGCCUUUUGAAGUGCCGCCUCGAGGAAGCCUUGGACACAUGCGACUUCAAGGACUCCGGUGAGAGCAAUGGCACGGUGGACCUCAGGAAGGACAAAGUGCGCGAACUCUAUGCACAACGGCGACAGCAGUUUUGCAACGACGUGGUGCUGGCGGCGAGCGUUUUUGACCCACGCCCUCUUUCUGGUCUCGAAGAGCCAGAUCACAUGCAUGCAGCUUUUGUGAUGGCCAGAAAGCUUCUCCCGAAGAAGUUUUUCGACUCGACCGAGGUUCAGGAGGCCUGUGUCUCUGACUUGGACGACUACCGCGCGAAGAAGGGCUUGUUCCGGGACACGGACUUCCCAGCAUGGGAUGCACCUCUGUCAGAGGUCAUCUCAUGGUGGAAGAGUGGCCAGCCUUCAAAGCCUCUGGCUGUCAUGGCUGACAAGUUUUGGUCCUGCACAACGUCGCAAGGGCAGUGCGAACGCUACUGGGCCUUGGCGAACAGGGAUCGCUGUGCCAUCCGGAACCGUCUGGCCAUUGAGACGCAGAGCAAGCUGCAAAGUGUAGCCAUUAAUCUCUGGGCCGUGGUGCCGGACAUGCCCGAGCCCGUGCCCCCGAGCAUGUCGGGCUGCCUCAGUUUCACCAAGCUUUCCGAGGCACCUUCUCGCGGGGUCUGUGGGGUGCAGUCAAUCAUCAAGCGAGAUGUUCGGCAACAUGUGCAGGACGUGUUUCCCGAGGAUGAUCAAUUGUCCUUAGCCUCGUCCUCUUCCAGCAGUUCCGAUUCGGAUGAUUAG